AUGUGUGAAGUAUUAACUUACGAUCCCAAAGUGUAUCAACAAGUAGGAACAGUUGAAGAUGCACAUGAAAAGUAUACAAUGACUGAUGUUCUUGAUUGUGGUGAAGAAAUUGUAGCAAAUGGUGUAGAAAAUAUUAUCGGGUUAUGUCCUUUGCAUAGACAUUUUGAUAUGGAUGAGGAAUCGAUGAUGGUUGAAUCAAUCGACAUUGAAAACUCCGAAACAGUUACAAAACCAAUGCCAUUAUCAGCAAACUUAGAUGUUGUACCAUGUAUGUGGAAAAUAGAAGAAAAUGGGAUAAUUCCAAUACAAUUUCAAUUCAAUACAAAUAAAAAUCAGCCAUUUGUUAAUAAUUUGUCGUCUAUUGUUGAUUUGAUUUGA